AUGGGGAAUUUGAGAAAUCUAACUCGGUUGGAGCUAGGAUAUAAUUCACUUUCAGGUUCAAUACCCACACAGAUGGGGAAUUUGAGAAAUCUAACUCAGUUGGACCUAGGAUUUAACUUGCUUUCAGGUUCAAUACCUACGCCAAUGGGGAAUCUUAAGAAUCUCCAAAUAUUGGACCUGAGUUCAAAUAUGUUUACUGGUUCAAUCCCUAUGGAAAUUGGAGAUAUGGAACAAUUGGUGCAGCUUAAUCUCAACCACAAGCUAAAUGGUUCAAUACCUGCACAGUUGGGGAAACUCAAUUUUACUGAACACAUGGAUUUCGGCUACAAUGAUCUAGAGGGUGUCGUUCCAGACCAAAUAGCUUGUAAAUUUUCACAUGAAGCAUGGAAUAACAAAGGUUUGUGUAAUGAUUAUUCGGGUACCAUAUGUAAAUGCAGAGAGAAAGGGCUGUACGAAAUGCACAACGCUCCCAUUGCCAUUAUACUAUCUCUAUGUAGCAUCAUACUUCUUGUACUUCUUCUUCUUGUUGUCUGGUUCAUCCUCUCCCGGCAAGCAAAGUCCCUAAAUUUCACCAUUGAUACAAGAACAUCACAAAAUGGAGAUUUGUUUUCCAUAUGGAACUUUGAUGGGACAGUUGCAUUUAAUGACAUCAUGGAAGCAAGAGAAGAUUUUGAUAUCAAAUAUUACAUUGGUACAGGAGGUUGUGGGAGUGUUUACGUGGCAAUGCUACCUACAGGGAAAAUAGUAGCUGUUAAAAAGUUUCAUCGCCGAGAAGUUGAAGAGAAAGUUUAUGAGAAGAGCUUCACUAAUGAGAUACAUGUAUUAACAACAAUUCGGCAUUGGAACAUUGUGAAACUUUACAGGUUUUGUUCCCAACCAAGGGGCACCUUUUUAGUUUAUGAAUACAUAGAUAGGGUAAUCUUAGCUUAUGUACUUGGAAUUGAAGCAGAGGCCGUGGAAUUAGAUUGGAGAAAACGUUUAAAUGUCAUCAAAGGGGUCGCUCAAGCUUUGUCUUACUUGCAUCAUGACUGUACGCCACCAAUUAUUCAUCGGGACAUAUCAAGCAAUAAUGUAUUGUUGGAUGCAGAUCUCGAGCCUCAUGUCUCCGACUUUGGGACUGCUAAAUUUCUAAACCUUGAUUCGUCCAACCGCACUGUACUUGUAGGAACACAUGGAUAUAUUGCUCCAGAGCUCGCCUAUACCAUGGUUGUGACUGAAAAAUGUGGUGUUUAUAGCUUUGGGGUGUUGGCACUAGAAACAAUUAUGGGAAGGCAUCCUGGUGAACUCAUCUCUUCAUUACAAUUGCCAAAUGCAAAAAACAUAGUACUAGAGGAUGUGUUAGACCCACGUCUCCCACCACCAACACAAUUGGUAGCACAAGAUUUGAUAUUUUCAUUGACGCUUGCAAUUUCAUGCUUGGGCACCAAUCCAAAAUCUCGUCCAACUAUACAAUACAUAUCUCAGGAACUAGGAAGUCCUAUGAACCGUCAUCAAAAUCCUUUUGCAUAA